UCAUUGUUAUUUUGCUAUCUUGAAACAAGCUUUGCACGAACUGAAAACGGUAAUUUCAUUCUUAUCAAGGACAGUGAAAACGAAUUCACAAGUGGUGUUUUAGCAAUUUUCAUUGUCUGUUUUGCCAUGAACUAUUUUGUGGUGAGCCGGAUCAUCCACUGCAACUCAAAUACGCGCGCUUUUUUUAGAUGAAUGCGUGCGCUUUUGAAUGGUCUAAGCUUGAAUACAUGCAGAGAGAGGCGAUGCACGAAUUUGAAAAAACAAUGAUUUUUUUAACAGAAAAGGAAGAAGAGAGGACCCGGGAAAAGGAAGCCCACAGGCCGCGGGAGAAAUGGAGGAGGAUCCUAUGCGAAUGCGGGGACGCUGCUCCCCGCGCGGCCGCCCACCGCGAUCCCGGGCUUUCCCACUCCCCCGAUGUCCCCACGAACAGAAACCGGGGCCACGGCCUCCCGGCCACGCGUGGGUCCCACGGGAAGCACGAUCGCUCCACUCCAAGGUCCAAAGCCUCCAACCAAUCACCACUCCCCUCGCGGUUAACCGCAGCUAAUCCUUGCCCUGCGGCGGGUUAAACGCCGCCAGCUCAGCGGCAUCGAGCGCCUGCGCGUGGGGCACACGCCGGGGGCAUUAUGGUAACUGCGCGCUGUUAAUCAACGCUCCGCUCUGGAAGAGAAAAACCCACGCCCUCCUCCAUUCCUCCCUGGGUUUUGUUUGGGCUUUAGCGCUCGCUCGCGUGCGUGACUGCUGCUGCGCUCCGCCUCCAUUCCUUCGCUCGAGAGGCUUCGAUCUCCGGCCGCGCUUCGUUGGACUUGUGAUAACCAUGUCACAGCCAUUUCAUCGUGUAGAUAAUUGAUUGUUACAAGGUGCAUCUUAAAGGAGAUUUUCAUAUACUUUGGUGAAGAUGAAGAGAACCCGAAGGGCGCAGUCAGGAAAAUCCCACUCAUGGUGGUGGGAUAGCCACAUUAGUCCACAAAACUCUAAAUGGCUUGCUGAGAAUUUAGAAGAAAUGGAGAAGCAAGUGAAAGAGGUGCUGGGGCUCAUUGGAGAAGGAGAAUUCUCUGCAGAAAAGGCAGAGGCGUUUUACCAGCAACAACCUCUGCUUAUCACUCAUGUGGAGAACUUCCAUCGUAUGUAUCGUGCUCUUGCUGCACGGUAUGACAAUGUGACUGGAGAACUGCGCAAAAAUAUUCCAUCAUCUCUGCAAUCACAUGGCUCUUUGGGUGUCUCUGAAUCAGAUUCUGAGACACAGUCUUCCUCAUCUCCAGAAUCUGACAUGCAAGAAAAUAUACCACAGCAGAAGCAAAAACCUGGACCAGAUUACCUUGAUGUUUCUGUUGGCUCUGGUGUUAGCUCUGAUGUAUCGAAGAAGGGGAGUGAAGGUUCCUCGUCAUCUUCAGAUUCUGAUUCAGAGCUUGAUGAGGCGAAAGAGGAAAAUGGAAGCAUUUUUUAUGCCCUGAGCCAAAAAAUCAUUGAGCUAGAAGAUGAGCUUCAUGAAGCAAGGGUAAAGCUUGAAAAGCAUGCACAUUGCCAGGGUAAUUUUGGUACCAACUCGAAAGUUGCUGAGCAUGAGGAAAAACUGCAGACUUCAGAUGUGGAAUCCAAUAACCUUCAGAAAGACCUUGAAGAAAGGGAUUCUGCUUUAGAGAGCUUGACAGAAGUUGAUAGUGAAAAGGAAGCAGUCGAAGCUGUGCUGUUGGAGCACAAACAUGAGAUCGAAGUGCUGAAGGGAGCAAUGGCCUCAGCUGCUAAGCAGUUUGAGGUUGAAUUGGCACAUCGUGAUCUUGAAAUUGAUAAGUGCAAGCGUGAGCUUGGAGUAGUCUCAGAGAAGUGUUUGCAUGAUAAGUCUACUCUUGAGGAUGAACAUAGAAGGCUCCAGGGAGUCAUCAAGAAUAUGGAAGGUGACCUAGCAAAAAUGUCACAGGAGAAAUUGCAGCUAGAGUCUCGGAUUGAAGAACUUGAGCAGGCAGCUCACAGCUUAGAACGUUCAGCGUCCGAGAUAGUGAAGCUGCAAGAAGUAAUAAGGAAUACACAAGCAGAACUAGAAAAGGUUACAGAGGAGAAAGAAGUGCUCAAGGAACGUGCUAACGAAUUUGAGCAGCUUUGUAGGGCCCUUAAGAUUUCAGGUACAGAGGUUGCAAUGCUACCAGAAACCAUCAAGAACCUGGAAGCCCAGCUAGAAAGAGCCUUGGAAGAAAACUCAAUACUUCAAGACCGGAUCAAGGAGCUGGAGCAGGUUAUGUCCGAUUCUUUGGAGAAACAUUCGCGUGAGCAGUCCUGUCUUACUUCUGAUCUUUUAAAGUUAUCUGAAGCGAAUACUUCUCUUGAAGACAAAUUGUCCUCUGUGGCAGCAGAGCUCAUGCAAGUCUAUGCUGACAAGGAAGAAGAAUCUCUCAAUAGUGAGAAUCAAAUUUCUGUGCUCAAUCAAGAUAUUGCUGAUUUCAGGAGCAAGCUCGAAUUAUUAUCAUCUGAGAAAGCCAAAGUUGAUGAUAAGUUGGCCAAUCUGCUAGCUCAUAUUACCACUCGUGAUGAAAAGAUGAAGCAGAUGGACGCCCACCUGAAUCAGCUUCAGUCUGAACAUGCCAAGCUGAUGGCGGAGUCUGACUCUGCACGCAAAUCCUUGUCAGAGGUGCGUGCCCGGGUUUCUGAGCUGGAGGAAGAGGUCGAGAAGCAGAAACUUGUGAUAUCCGAGAGCGCAGAGGGAAAGCGGGAGGCCAUCAGGCAGUUGUGCUUCUCCAUUGAACAUUACCGCAGCGGGUAUCAGCAGCUGCGGCAGCUGCUGCAAGGCCACAGGAGGCCGAUGGUGAUGGCAACCUGAUAAAUGAACAAUAUCAGUUUGCCAAUGAAAUGCACACUCGCAUGUCUUUGGUUCUGUUCUAUAUGCAGCUUUAUUCUUUCACAACUUCUGCCGUGCAGCUUCAGUUAUUAAGUAUUAUGUGGUAUGUGCGUAAAAUGUAAUGGGGUGGGAUAAUCGUGUCGUUCCUUUGUACUCCUUUGAAUUUUGUUCUUGUUGUCAGCUAUUGAAUAUUAUGAAUGUCAUGCUAUGCGUGAUCUUUGAUCUUUGUAAGCUAUUCAAUUUUCAGAAUGUUAUGCUAGGCAUCAUCUCUGAACUUUUCAGCUA